AUAAGCAUUUCAAAAGUGGGUUUUGUAUUUUAACAGGUCAUGUGGACAGAAUUGCCUUGCCAGAAUUUUCAUCUUCUCCUUUGUUGUGCUAUCUUAGAAUCUGAAAAACAGCAAAUAAUGGACAAGCACUAUGGCUUUAAUGAAAUAUUAAAGCAUAUCAAUGAACUGUCUAUGAAAAUUGAUGUGGAAUAUAUACUUUGCAAAGCAGAAGCAAUUUCUAUGCAGAUGAUGAAUUGCAAGGAAUUGCCUCAAGCGGUUAGUGAGAUCCUGGGCAUAGAAAGCAGUUCUGUAACACCAGAUUCAGAUACUGGAGAGGAUGAAAGUGGAGCUGUGAUGAGUUGUCCGACAUCAUUAUAUCAGAGUAUCUCACCACCUGUAAUUGCUGGCAAUGGAACAGGAGACAGCACUCAACAGAUGUCUGAGACACAGAGCCUGACACCUGCGUAAUUACAGUUGGUUAAAUUGAAGAAGGACUUUUACUGAGCACGUUUUUUUUUCGAGCACUUGAGAGAUGGAUAUUUAAAUUUGGUAUUGAUUAAGCUUUAAGGUUGGAAAGAAAAUCUGUACUGUAAUGCUCUUGCAUUAAAGCUUUACAACAUGACUCAACUAUUUUUGUAGUUUCUUCUACCAAAAUAGCCUUUUGUUUUCAAUAACAUUCCUUAAUAUUUUUGUAGCCAAGUGCAUUUUCUUUUUGCUGGUGAACUGGAAGUGGAUGGUGAUUAAGAAUGAAUCUGAAACUUCUGCAUUUGCUGAGCUUUCACACAUAUUGAUCUAAGACAGUGUGAGCUCUUUGAUUUGAGCAGAUUCACAACAGGCCAGCUGAAGCUGCUGUACAAAAUUUUCAAGCUGAAGAGAUGCUGAUGUGUUAAAGAAGGAUCAUUUUGUAAAUGAAUGGGUUUUCCCUAUCUCAAAUGUUUACAAAAAUACUUCUAAGUAUUUGUUGCUGGUUGAAUGUAGAUUUGAAAUGGACAUUUAUACUUACACAGUUUAAUGUCCAAAUUCUGAAUUUUGUGUAAUUGGGAGUGGAUGAACAGUAUAUUUUUACAUUAACAUAUCUUCACUUUAUAUAUGCAUAUAUAUAUUUACACACAUGCACACACUAUAUACACAAAUGUUUGUGAAUACUAAAAAGGAUAGUCAUAUUUUCAAUAUCUGAAUAAACUUGACUGUUCAUUCAUAUGAAUCAGUUUGACCAAAUUAAUGCACAGCUCCAACUUGGGCUUUUUUUCAAAACUUUUCUAACUGAAGGUAACGUCCAUGUGAAUACAUUCAGUCCUACACUUGACGUAAUUUUGCAAUUGAUUUCUUGCAAAUUUUACUGAUGUUUAUCUUUGCUAAUAUAUUAACUGAUCAGUUAACUACGUACACUGUUUUUAUGGUGAGAUUAUUUGCAGAAUUAAUAACAGGUUAUUAAAAAA